AGACAGCAGCCCCAAGCACCAGUAUGCUCUCGCGCGUCCUCCGAGCUCGCGGCGCGUUGGUUCGCGCGUCUUCCAGCGCGCUGGCGGUGGCCGCCGCCCCGACGCGCAAUUGCGUCGCGCGUCGCCAGCUGCUGGCGGCCUCCUGCGCGCGCUGGAACUCGUCGACGCCGUCGUCGUCGUCCCCCGUGACGUCCACGCCGCUCGCUGCGGCCGCCAAGGACUCAGACGCUGCUGCGGACCCCGCGGACAGCGUGAAGAUCGACCUGGGCACUGUCGGCGCCGAGGACGCCAAGGUGCUGACCAUCGCGGACGUGCUGAACGCGCGCGAGCAGGAGCUGGCCACCAACAAGGCGCUGUUCGACUUCGAGGAGUGGGAGAGCAUCGCCGGCACGGAGACGGUGCACGACGCGGUGCUGACAAUGGUGGAGCGCAACAUCGGCUCGCUCAUCGUGACGGAGGCCAAGGAGGGGAUCGUGGGAAUCGUGACCGAGCGGGACAUUUUGAAGAAGAUCUCGCCCCGGACCGUGCUGAGCGAGGAGAAGUUCGUGCACGACGUCAUGUCCUCGCACAUCAUGUGUAUCCACCCGUCCACGACGGUGAUUGAUGCGCUGGCGACCAUGACGAAGGAGAACAUCCGACACUUGGCGGUGGUGAACGGCGACAUGACUAGCGCUGUCAAGCGAGGAUCCGUGCAGGAGGAGGACAUGCGCUGCGUGCUGUCGAUCACGGACAUCGUCCGCGCGUACGCCGAGUUUGAGGCCUCAAAGAACCAGGCGGUACCGCAGGAAGCUGCUGCGGCGGAUGCGGCGGCGGAGACGACUAAGGAAGCGGACGAGACCAAGGCUGCAAAGCCUGUUGAGGCUGCUGCGACGACGACCCCGGCAUCGGAGGCCACCAAGUCAGAGACCGCCGAGGCUGCGCCGGAUGCUGCUGCGGCGACCACUGCGCCCGCGUCCCCCGUUGUGACUGCGGCGACGCUGCUGAAGAAGAAGCACAAGAACAUCAAGCUGAUUCUGAACACCCGACCGGAAGACAACGUCACUGUGGCUGAAGCCGUCGAGGAGAUGGCCAAGCGCAACUUCGGAGCCGUUCUGGUGGUGGACAAGGAGCAGCGUGUGCUGGGCAUCUUCACGGAGCGCGACUACAUUCGCAAGGUGCUGUUCGAGCUGAAGGACCCGACGAAGCUGCUGGUGACGGACGUGAUGUCGUCUGUGGGCUCAGUGCUGCAGAUUGAGGACCCACUCGAGAAGUGCUGGGACUUGGCAGCCACUUCCAACUGCCGUCACUUCCCCGUGAUCGGCGUCAUGCGCCAGGAUCGCGAGAAGGAGCUCGCCGGCAUUCUGUCGAUCAAGGAUAUCGUGCGCGAGAUCUCGAAGGACCACCACGCCACGCCCGGUUUCCGUCUGAUGGAGUUCUUGAAGUCCAAGAUGAAGCCGGAGCCCAAGGCUGAGACUAAGGUGGAGGCUGCGGCGGAGUCGAAGCCGGAGGUAGCUUCCGCUGCGACGACGGAUGUCAAGGACGCUAAGAUCGCUGCGCCAGCAGAUGCCACUGCGACUCCAGUCGAAGAGGUGAAGACGGAGACUCCUGUGAAGGGUGCUAGCACUGACGCUGAGUCUGCGAAGGUUGUGGAGGAACCUCAGACUGCUUCACCUGUGAAGCUUUAGGCACACAGGUAAUACGUAGCUCCUGUAGAUAUCUAGCUCCUAGAAACGAACAGCUAGCAGCGUGACAAGGUACUACAGAAUCUUGCAAUUAAAUAACAUUGCUGCUAACU